AUGGCUUCAUUCAAACGAAUUGCUUAUGAAGACUUGAAGACUUCCCCUUUAUCUAAAUGCAUUGAUCUUGCCAAUUCUUCUGUUGGUGGUUCCAUUGUUGCUGUCACCGAUGAAUUCUUUGCUCCUGCUAUCAAUAUGAUUAACCCUGCUCCUCCACUUCAUUGUCCUGGUCGUUUUGUUGAAACUGGUGCCUGGAUGGAUGGUUGGGAAACCAAACGUCAUAAUCCUACUUAUGAUUGGUGUAUUGUCAAGCUCGGAUUUGCUGGACAAAUCCAUGGUUUUGAUGUGGAUACUCACUAUUUUACUGGAAAUCAAGCACCUGCCGCUUCUAUUGAAGCUACGUUUUGCCCUGAAGGAAAUGUACAAGAUAAGAAUGUGAAAUGGACUGAAGUACUUCCGAAAAUUGAUCUCCCUCCCUCUUGCCAUAAUGUAUGUGUUUUGGACAAACCUACUGAAGUAUACACUCAUAUUCGUGUCAACAACUAUCCAGAUGGUGGUAUUGCUCGUUGUCGAGUCUAUGGUACUGUUAGUCCCAUCUUCCCCAAUGAUCCCUCUGCAGUGAUUGAUUUGGCCUAUAGUGGAAAUGGUGGACGUAUUGUGGAAGUGACGGAAGAACAUUAUGGUCCUGGUAGUAACUUAUUACUCCCUGGUCGUGGCAAAGAUGCUGAUGAUGGUUGGCAAAGCAAACGUUCUCGUGGUGGUGAUCAUCGUGAUUAUGUUGUGGUCAAGUUGGGUGCUAAGGGUCAUCUACUCAAGGCGGAAAUCGAUACUUCUCACUUUAAGGGCAAUUUCCCUAAUCAAAUCAUGAUUGAAGCUACCAAUUCUGAUGAAGAAAUUCCUUCUAAUGCUCAAUGGGUCACUAUUGUUGAAAAGUCUAAGGUUGGUCCUCAUGGUCUCUUUCAAUUUGAUACUACUCAUACUGAUAAGGUGUUUACUCAUGCUAAACUUAGCAUUCUUCCUGAUGGUGGAUUGAAGCGUUUGAGAUUGUAUGGUGUACGAGAAGGUGCUACACUUCCUGCUUUACCC